AUGACCGCUGGAGCUGCUAAGCUCACUCGGCUGCAAGCCGGUCGGCUGUCGCCUAUCCUUCGGGUCGAGACCGCACUAACUCAGGGCGUGCACGAACAAAUCGAGCCAAAUGGCCGGGGCUGCGAUGUGAUCUACCAUAAAUCCACUGCGGGGCCCCUCUUUUCCCCAGACACGCCCCCGGAUCUGAGCUUGCGGUGA